AUGACACCCGCAAACAUAAAAUCUGGAUUUCGGAAAACUGGAAUAUUUCCUUUUCACAGACAUAUUUUCAAGGACGGUGAUUUCAUGCCAAGUGAAGUGACGAAUCGGCCACUCAGGGACUCUUCUAAUGACGCUGGAUUAAGUCAGCCCUUUGAAGCUCAACAAGCUUUUUUCCUGAUGCCGCUGGAUUAUGUCAUCCCAUUGGGAAUAAACAGGAUUCUCAAAAUGUACAUUCUGAAGAUGCUGCCUGAUCAAGUUCCUACUCUGGACUACAAAAGUCUGCUGUAA